CUUGUUUUAGUACCACAUGGCAGGGCUGACUAGUUACAUGAGAGUCCGGUGUGUUGUGUAGGCAGAGAUUAACUACAGAGAUAUAUAUUUUAUGAGUAUUUCUCGUCUGUAUAUACAUAUAUAAAUAAAAAUGUCGCAGGUACAAGCGCGGUUCUUCACGGAAAACAAAAAGUAUGUUGUAGAUGAUGUCCCAUUCUCAAUCCCAGCUGGUUCUGAGGUACAGGACCUCAGCAAUGUCAUCAACAAGCUGCUGGAAGCUAAAAAUGCGUCUCAUACCGCAGUGGAGUUUGACUUCCUUAUCAAGGGUCAGUUCCUGCGAACGCCCCUGUCCACUCACAUGGAGACAGAAGGCAUAUCCACGGAAGAUGUGGUGGAGAUAGAGUACGUCGAACGGAUAACGGCUCCAGAACCAGAGGAGUGUAUGAUGCACGACGAUUGGAUCAGCUCCAUAGAUGCAGAUAACGAAUGGAUACUAACAGGCUCAUACGACAAGACGGCCAGGAUUUGGUCCGUGGAAGGCAAAGCGGUCAUGACAGUGGCGGGACACUCAGAUGUUGUCAAAGAUGUAGCCUGGGUCAAGAGAGACGGUCUGACUUCUCUGCUUCUGACGGCUUCUCUCGACCAAACCGUGCUGCUUUGGGAGUGGAACUCAGAGAGGAACAAGGUGAAAGCCAGACACCGCUGUCGGGGGCACACGGGGAGCGUUGAUACUGUUGCCACAGACCCCACCGGCCUAAAGUUCUGCAGCGGCUCCUGGGACAAAAUGUUGAAGAUUUGGUCUGCAGUUCCCACAGAGGAGGAAGACGAGGUUGAAGAGCCUGCUGACAGACCAAGGAAGAAGCAGAAGACUCAACAGUUAGGUCUCACCAGGACUCCCCUGGUGACAUUAUCUGGACACAACGAAGCAAUCUCUUCUGUCUUGUGGAGCGACAGUGAAGAGGUGUGCAGUGCAUCAUGGGACCACACCAUCCGUGUUUGGGACGUGGAGACAGGAGAAAUGAAGACCACACUGACUGGCAGUAAAGUCUUUAACUGUGUAUCCUACUCACCUCUGUGUCGACGGUUGGCGUCGGGCAGCACCGACAGACACAUCAGACUGUGGGACCCUCGCACCAAAGACGGGUCGCUGGUGCUGCUGUCUUUGACCUCCCACACUGGCUGGGUCACCGCUGUGAAGUGGGCGCCGUCACACGAGCACCAGCUGGUCUCUGGUUCCCUUGACAACCUGGUGAAACUUUGGGACACAAGAAGCUGUAAGGCUCCUCUGUAUGACCUAGCAGCCCAUGAAGACAAGGUGUUUUGUGUGGACUGGACAGAAAGUGGGCUGAUGUUGAGCGGCGGCGCAGACAACAAGCUGUACACAUACAGAUACUCAGCCUGUCAGACGGAUGCCGGGGCGUAGGCUUCAAGAAACCCACCUCAGCAAUCACAGCAGACAUAACUACUAAAUAAUAGUGUUAACUAUUUUGUACUGAAUACGUCUCUGUUUGUUCGUGUUCUCCCUGGUAUUUUAUCUCAUCUCUAUUUUUACACUCAGUAACUCCCAGAUUGUUUUUCUUUUCUUGUAUCCCAGAAAAACUAAAUUAAUUUUGUCUCCAAAAAUGUCUUUUCUGUUUCUCUCAUUUGUGAUUAAUUUUAGGAGUUUUUUUCUUGGUUUCAUGGUCUAAAAUAACGGAAAUGGUUUUACAAUAGCAUUUUUUGGUUGACAGAGGCAUUUCAAAGGAAUAAACCAUGUACUUCCUUGUGUUUUUGUUGCAACAAAAACAAAAAACUGUUAUCUUAAUUAAAAAUCAGACUUUUUCCUCCUCUGACUGGUUUGACCAAAGAUAUGGAAAAAUAAAGAGCUCUCACUUUG